CUUUCAGAGCGCGGCUACCGCGGACGGUCAGGGAGCAGACCGCUGGCUUACCGGGAACACUAACCAACGCUGAGGCGGGGGAAGCUCCACGCACAGCGGCAGCUGAGCGGAGGAUUUACCUGACGCUCCUCACGGUGCAUUUACGGACCUUUUUCUUAUCCACCUCGGGGGAUUAGACCAAGUGUUGUGGGACUGGAGGAAUUCCAAGACUCUUUGCUAACUGUCUGUAAUCUUGGGACCCCCGUGCAUCCAUUUCUUCAACAUCUUCUCCGAAAUGCAAACGUCUAGGAAACCCUAGAACAUGGAGGGCACGAAGACUCUUGUGACAAAGAACUAAAGCUGUCAAAGGCGUCUCAGUAUCAGCUGUAUCAGUGAUGUCAGGCAAACAAACGUGUCCAUCUAUGAACCUGUGAGGUCAUAGCCAUCUAACAGCAGCAUCAGCACCAGAGGAGAGUUUACCAGCAGUCGGACCAUGGACCUUAGAUUUAGACGACUGUCGCCUCUCACCAGGGCAGCUCUUCAUCUCCUGCUGCUGGCCAGACUGGUGCUUCCUUCUCACACAGAGAGCACGCCCAGCUUCAUCAAGUCCCCCGAGGAUCAAACGGGGAUUUCGGGAGGAGUGGCGUCGUUCGUAUGCCAGGCGGUCGGUGAGCCCAAGCCUCGCAUUACCUGGAUGAAAAAGGGGAAGAAAGUCAGCUCCCAGCGCUUUGAGGUGAUUGAGUUUGACGACGGCUCAGGCUCAGUCCUGCGUAUCCAGCCGCUGAGGACCCACCGCGAUGAGGCCAUCUAUGAAUGCACCGCCACCAACAGCGUGGGAGAGAUCAACACCAGCGCCAAGCUCACUGUCUUAGAGGAGGACCAGAUACCACACGGCUUCCCCACCAUAGACAUGGGGCCCCAGCUGAAGGUUGUGGAAAGAACGCGUACGGCUACAAUGCUGUGUGCAGCCAGCGGAAACCCCGAUCCAGAGAUCUAUUGGUUCAAAGAUUUCCUGCCUGUGGAUAUUAGUAGCAGCAAUGGGCGCAUUAAGCAGCUGCGAUCAGGAGCGCUUCAGAUUGAAAACAGCGAGGAGUCGGACCAGGGCAAAUACGAGUGUGUGGCUGUCAACAGCGCUGGGACUCGUUAUUCGGCUCCGGCUAACCUUUAUGUUCGAGUUCGCCGUGUGCCGCCCCGUUUCUCCAUCCCCCCCACCAAUCAUGAGGUGAUGCCCGGAGGCAGCGUCAACCUGACCUGCGUUGCAGUCGGCGCUCCCAUGCCUUACGUCAAGUGGAUAAGUGGUGAAGUGGAGCUGACCCGGGAGGAUGAGAUGCCCAUUGGCCGCAAUGUACUGGAGCUCACCAACAUCCGCCAAUCUGCCAAUUACACCUGUGUGGCCAUAUCCUCCCUGGGCAUGAUCGAGACUACAGCUCAGAUCACAGUCAAGGCUCUUCCCAAGAUGCCCACUUCCCUCACUGUGACAGAAACCACGGCCACCAGUGUCACCCUGACUUGGGACUCCGGCAACCCAGAACCUGUGUCCUACUAUGUUAUUCAGUAUCGUGCCAAAUUGUCUGAGAACGGUUUCCAGGAAGUAGAUGGUGUCGCCACAACCCGCUACAGCAUUGGUGGCCUCAGCCCCUUCUCUGAAUACGAGUUUCGUGUCAUGGCUGUGAACAACGUUGGCCGGGGUCCUCCUAGCAGCAUCGUGGACACCCGUACAAGUGAGCAAGCACCCUCAUCACCACCUCUUCAUGUCCAGGCACGCAUGCUGAGCUCCAGCACCAUGCUGGUCCAGUGGGAACCUCCCGAAGAGCCCAAUGGCCAAAUCCGGGGCUAUCGGGUCUACUACAGCUCAGAUCAUGAUGCCCCGCUCAGCGCCUGGCAGAAGCACAACACAGAUGACAGCCAUUUCACCACCAUCUCAGGCCUGGCAACAGAUAUCACCUACAGCCUGAGGGUGCUGGGCUUCACCUCAGUGGGAGAUGGGCCUCCCUCUGACACUCUACAGAUCAAAACCAGGCAGGGAGUUCCAGCUCAGCCAUCUGACUUUGACGGUGAGGCUGAGCUAGACUCACGCAUCAUGCUGUCAUGGCUUUGGCCUGUCCAGGAACCCAUCAUUAGCUUUGAACUGGUGUACUGGGAAGCCAACAAUCCCACAGACAAGCACCGCGUCACUUUCGAUGCAGCAGGCUCCUAUGCAGUCGAUGGUCUAAAGCCAGACACGCUGUACAUCUUCUCCCUGGCAGCCCGAUCUGAGAUGGGCUUAGGCGUCUUCACUCAGCCUAUUGAAUGCAGGACAGCUCAGUCCACCCCAUCAGCCCCACCCCAGGAAGUACAUUUGCUCAGCCUCAGUUCCACCAGCAUCGAGGUGAGUUGGGUGGCCCCACCCACAGACAGCCAGCACGGUGAGAUUGUUGGCUACUCUCUGGCCUACCAAGCACUUACGGGAGAGGACCAGAAACGCCACCAGGUGUCAGGGAUUGGUCCUGAUAUCACCAGCUACAUUUUGGAGGACCUGGAGAAGUGGACGGAGUAUUUGGUGUGGGUGAGGGCUCACACAGAUGUUGGGCCAGGUCCAGAGAGCCCUGCAGCUAAAGUCAGAACCAAGGAAGAUGUGCCUGGAGCUCCUCCCAGGAAGGUGGAGGUAGAGGCCCUGAACUCUACUGCCCUCAGGGUGAGCUGGAAGCCCCCGCUGUCUGUGAAGCAGCAUGGGCAGAUCAGAGGAUACCAGCUGGUUUACUCCAGGCUAGAGAACGGGGAGCCUCACGGCCAGCCGGUCAUCCUGGAUGUUAACCUCCCUGAAGCCCAGGAGGCCUUUAUAGCAGGUCUGCUCCCAGAAACAACCUAUUCUGUGACUGUGGCUGCAUAUACUACCAAGGGUGACGGAGCUCGCAGCAAGGCCAAGGUGGCUACCACCACAGGAGCAGUUCCUGGAAAGCCUACUAUGAUGAUCAGCACCACCAUCGGGAACACUGCUCUAAUCCAGUGGCAGCCCCCUAAAGAAAUGGUUGGGGAGCACAUGGGAUACCAACUGCAGUACAAGAGAGCAGAGGAGGAAGCUUUCACCAUUAAACACUUCAAGAAGACAGAUGAUCAUUUCACAGUCACCGGCCUCCACAAGGGUGCUGUGUACAUCUUCAAACUGUGUGCCAAAAACAGAGCAGGGAAUGGGGAGGAGUAUGUAAAAGAGAUCAGCACCCCCGAGGACAUUCCCAGCAGCUACCCGCAAAAUCUGAGCGUGGUUGGCCUUACUGCUACUUCCACCAAACUGGCCUGGGACCCGCCUCCUCUGGCUGAAAGAAAUGGGAAGAUUGUGAAGUAUGUGGUGAUGUACCGAGACAUUAACAGCCCGAACAACAGCACCAACGUUACCACAGAUACGCAGAUGACCGUCCACGGUUUGCAGCCUGACACAACCUAUGACAUAAGAGUCCAAGCUUUCACCAGCAAGGGCGGAGGACCUAUCAGCCCCAGCAUCCAGAGCAGGACCAUGUCCACCUCCAUGCCAGUGUUUACCAAGAACUUUGGUGUGAAGGCUGUGACAAAGACCUCGGUCCUACUGACCUGGGAAGUGCCAGAAACAUACAAAUCUCAAGUGCCUGUCAAGAUUCUGUACAACCAGCAGAGUGUGGAGGUUCAAGGCAACCUGAAAAGGAAGCUGAUCACACAGCUGCAGCCAGACACUGAUUAUUCGUUUGUGCUAAUGAGCCGAGGGAAUAGUGCUGGCGGCCUCCAACAGCAGGUCUCCAUCCGAACGGCUCCGGACCUUCUGACAGUGAAACCAGCUCAACACCAUAUAGAUGUGGAGGAAGGUGGUAAAGUGACUAUCAGCCUGCCGAAGGUCCCGGCUGCAGCGGCUGUCAGGUGGUACUACAUAGUGGUUGUCCCUGUCACUCCAGCUUCUCUGAGGAGAUGGGAAAACCCUGAAGACAUGGACAUACAAGAGCUUCUGGAGUCCGGUGCUGACAGCAGCCUGCAGAGAAGGAAAAGACAGAGCAAUGACUUCCUGCAGCCCUACAUUGCUGCCAAGCUGGAUACGCUCCCUGAGAUCUUCACUCUGGGUGAUGAAAAGAAAUACAGCGGCUUCUACAACAAACAGCUCCCUGGACAGCAGCAGUACCGCUGCUUCGUUUUGGCUGACCUGACGGACCACGAGUCUCAGAGGACAUUUGCAGCCAGCCCUUUCUCUGAUCCCUUCACGGUGAAGAUCAGUGGGGUUAUUCGACAACCACAAGAAGACCCAGAGAUGCUGUGGGUGAUGGGUCCGGUGCUGGCAGUCAUUCUGAUUAUCAUUAUAGUCAUCGCUAUUUUACUCUUCAAAAGGAAACGAACGUCUCCAGCCAAGGAUGAGCACAUGGCAGGAGUGAAGGACUCGCUGCUGGCCCACUCGUCAGAUCCUGUGGAGAUGAGGAGACUCAACUAUCAGACACAAGGGAUGAGGGAACAUCCUCCCAUCGCUAUUUGUGACCUGGCCGACCACAUUGAGAGACUCAAGGCCAACGAUGGUCUGCACUUCUCUCAGGAGUACGAGUCUAUUGAUCCAGGACAGCAGUUCACCUGGGAGCACUCCAACCUGGAGGUCAACAAGCCAAAGAACCGUUAUGCAAAUGUUAUUGCUUACGACCACUCCAGGGUCAUCCUCACACCUGUGGACGGAGUUCCAGGUAGUGACUAUAUAAAUGCCAACUACAUUGACGGGUACAGGAAACAGAAUGCUUACAUCGCUACCCAGGGUCCGCUGCCAGAGACGCUAAGUGACUUCUGGAGGAUGGUAUGGGAGCAGAGGACAUGCACCAUCGUUAUGAUGACUCGCCUGGAGGAGAAGUCACGGGUGAAAUGUGACCAGUAUUGGCCCAGUCGAGGCACGGAGACGUAUGGGAUGAUUCAAGUGACCAUGUUGGACACACUGGAGCUGGCUACGUACAGUGUGAGAACGUUUGCCCUCUAUAAGAAUGGCUCCAGUGAAAAAAGAGAAGUUCGACAGUUCCAGUUUCUGGCUUGGCCAGACCAUGGAGUGCCUGAGUAUCCGACCCCAACACUGGCCUUUCUACGCAGAAUCAAGUCCUGCAAUCCUCAAGAUGCUGGACCCAUGGUGGUUCACUGCAGCGCCGGUGUGGGCCGGACGGGCUGCUUUAUUGUGAUUGACGCCAUGUUGGAGAGGAUGAAACACGAGAAGUCGGUGGACAUAUACGGUCAUGUGACGUGCAUGCGAGCUCAAAGGAACUACAUGGUGCAGACAGAGGAUCAGUACAUAUUCAUCCACGAGGCCCUGCUGGAAGCUGCAGUCUGUGGCAACACAGAAGUCCCUGCCCGCAACCUGUACGCCCACAUCCAGAAGCUCACCCAGGUGCCCGCUGGAGAGGCGGUGACAGCUAUGGAACUGGAGUUUAAGAAACUGGCCAACUCUAAAGCACAUACCUCAAGAUUCAUCAGUGCCAACCUGCCGUGCAACAAAUUCAAGAACCGCCUGGUGAACAUCAUGCCUUUCGAGUCUACUCGCGUCUGCCUGCAGCCGAUCAGAGGGGUGGAGGGCUCUGAUUACAUCAAUGCCAGCUUCAUCGACGGGUACAGGCAGCAGAAAGCCUACAUGGCCACCCAGGGCCCGUUAGCCGAGACCACAGAGGACUUCUGGAGAAUGCUGUGGGAGCACAACUCCACCAUAGUAGUGAUGCUCACCAAACUCCGAGAGAUGGGACGGGAAAAGUGCCAUCAGUACUGGCCUGCUGAGCGCUCUGCACGUUACCAGUACUUUGUUGUGGACCCGAUGGCCGAGUACAACAUGCCUCAGUACAUCCUCCGAGAGUUCAAAGUCACUGAUGCCCGGGAUGGUCAAUCGAGGACCAUCAGGCAGUUUCAGUUCACGGAUUGGCCAGAGCAAGGAGUGCCAAAAACCGGGGAGGGAUUCAUUGACUUCAUUGGCCAAGUGCAUAAAACUAAAGAGCAAUUCGGACAAGAUGGACCCAUCACUGUUCACUGCAGUGCUGGUGUUGGGAGGACUGGUGUGUUUAUUACUCUGAGCAUCGUUCUGGAAAGGAUGAGGUAUGAAGGAGUGGUCGACCUCUUCCAGACCGUCAAGACUCUCCGAACUCAGAGACCAGCUAUGGUGCAGACAGAGGAUCAGUACCAGCUGUGCUACCGGGCUGCUCUGGAGUACCUGGGAAGCUUUGAUCACUAUGCAACAUAACCCUACCCAGAAAGAUGCCCUCAGAGGAGAUUUGUGUCUCUUCUGAGCCACAUCCACUCUGCUCCAUUGGCCCCUGCAGGCUGAUGAGGAGGCUCUGAAGAGGACUGAUGAGGAUAUGACCACAGCAGGAAUCAGGAGAGAUUAAUGGAAAGAGGAGAGGCGAUGUGAUGACCUCCCCCUCCUGGACUGGUGCCAUGAUUCUGCCACAGACCCCACACAAAAACCUCCCAAAAAACAACCCUGAAAGACUCGUACUGUACUCAUGCCUCAUUCUGAUCCCUGCGACUCCCCAAUUUCUGCCUCC